CUCUCUCUCAGCACUCCCGCAGCCUGUGAGAGCUGCUCCAGUGGCUGGACGGUACCCUGGCGCCCACUGAAUACAUGGAUGAACGCUGGAUCUACAGGGGAUCUGUGCUUUCUUGUCCUUUGCACCUCUGAUCUGUUUGUCAAGGAAAUAUGGUGAGCAAAGAAGACACCAAAUGUAUUGUUCUGUCAAAUUCAGAUGAAUCAGAUUCCGAGACAGGCCCAUCACACAGCCUCGACACCACUUCUGGAACAGAGUCUGGGAAGCAGCAGGUGAAGAAAAGAAAUAAGGCCUUACAAGUGCGUUUUAAGGAUAUCUGCGAAGCUCAGAAUGAGUAUCGGGGAAGACGCUCAAGGUCCAUUUCCUGCAAAGUAACACACAGAAAGUACAUGACCAUGCCUGCCAGACGCUCUAUUCCCAACGUGACCAAGAGCACAGGUGUCCAGACCUCGCCGGACCUCACCAAGCGAUACAAGACUUUCCCUUUCGAGAGGAAAAAGGGACACACAUUUAAACAUACUGCGUUAGUGGAAGAUUACAGAGGACAAAACAAUGGGUUUCUGAGUGAUAUAAAGGCCGGGGGAGAGGACGGACAACCUAUCGGGGAGUCCUCUCAGUACAAGGGUAAGAUUGUGGGGCAGACAAAAGCACUGCUUCACCACACUGAUGACAGCAGCGAUACAGAGGAUUUGCUUUCCAGUGCCAACUGUUUGGACGGACCCUCAUGUCCAGACUCUUCACACUUCUCGGAGGAGUUUCACCCCAGCAGCCCUCCUUCUAAAAGUGAACCAGAGUACCAGGUUUGUGGGAUGCGGACCAAACACAAAGGAUUACCCAAAGAAGACAUGGAUGCUGGCACUUCUUCAAAGCGCCAGUUGGCUGAAUCAGAGUUUUCACAGGACAAGCCAAAGGGUACGGGCCCUGUUGCGUGGAACUCUUUGACACAGGUGGAGUCUUUGGGAAGCCCCACUGUGAGCUGUAAACGGAAAAAAGGUACACAGCUAAGCGAACAGCAGUCACAGACGCUUCCACACAGUGCCCAAUGUUCUGUACAGUCACAAGGGCAGUGUCGGACGAGGCAUGUGUCAGCCUCCUCUAAACUCCAGCGAACAGUUGGGGGGGACGAGGGCUUUCCUCCAGGAGGCACAGGAGCCCCGGGCAUGGGGAGCAGCCAGCAGAUAAUGCCCUUAUCUGGAGACAAGGAUAUCAAAGCACAGCUGCAGGCCAUGGAGAGUCUCAUCAGCUCAAGCCAGGAAACCAUCAAGGUCCUUCUUGGAGUUAUUCAGGAGCUGGAGAAAGGUGAAGCACAGCGAGAGGGGCUCACCUACCGAACAGGACAAGACACAGCAAAUUGUGACACUUGUCGAAACAGCGCCUGCAUCAUUUACAGCGUCGAGCUGGACUUCAAGCAGCAGGAAGAUAAGCUCCAGCCCCUGAUGAAGAGACUUUGCCCCCUGGACAGCCAACAAUGUCCCGCCCUGCCUUAUUCCAACGAAGUGUUCACAUCCACCCCCAAACGCAAGUCCAAGACAGAGUCCAAAAAGCAUGCUCGUUGGAAACUCUGGUUCCUCUGA